GCGGGAGCGAUCAUGGCGGCGGCGCCGCUGCUCGUGCGGCUCAGCCCCGCGCCCGACCCCGGCGACAAGGCGAUCCUCAAGCUCCAGGCGUACUUCCAGUCGGGAAAGCGGUCGGGGGGCGGCGAGUGCAACGUGCGGGCAGGUCCCCAGCCCGGAACCUACUGGGUGGACUUCCAUGAGGAGCGAGAUAAGAAGAGCGUGGAAUCCCGCACGAAUCACACCUUGGAAAUGGGUGCAAAAUGCCUGAAGAUAGUCAUCCAGCCAGGAGAGGGGGACCAGAGCAAGAGCCGGGUUACAGCGCAGGCGUCCACCAGCUACGAUGUCCCUGCCAGCCCUGUCCUGCCCCAGCAGGAGCAGUGGGCAGCCAAUGGCCGUGGGGAGAUGGCAAGGGAAGUCCUUACCAAAAAGAUAUUUCUUACAGUAUCUGCUACUUUGAAUGCCAGUAUGUUCUCUAAAGAGCAAAUGAAGAAAAUUACCAUCAUGUGUCCAAACUUAAAGAGAGAAAGAAACCCUGACAUUGAUGGCUUUGAGAAACUGACAGGAGAUUUUACAGAUAUUGAAAAAGUUUAUCGCUACUUUGAGGGUAUCCUUGCAGGCAAUGAGCCAAACCAUGAUUUUUCUCAUUCUGAAAGUCAGAAUGGUUUGAAAGGUGAAAAUGGUCUGAAUACUGAAGAAAUGAAUGAUCUUACAGUUUUGACAGCUCUCUAUGAGUAUUUUAGUCAUACCCGCAAAAGAGAAAUCAAAGAACUACAUGAACGUUUUGGAGUGCGUAUAAGAAGUAAAGACAGUCACGAUGGAACCACAUCAAUAUACUUUACUUCUGAUAAAAGUCCAGCAUCAUUACAAGCAGCUAGUGAUUUUUUUAUCAGUACUUUCCAGAGAAGUGUAGGAGAUCUGAAACAGGAAAAAAUUCCCAUAACAAACAAUUGCCCAUUAGGGGAGACAAUAAUGAAAUUGAAUGAAAGGUUUAGUAAUCUUCUUGCUAAAGCGGAAGGGAAUCAGUUCCUACUCCGUGGUCCAGAGAGUGAGAUUUUAGCUGCCAAAAGAUUUCUAGCAAAGGAAGGUAAGAACAGCCAAGCUGAAAAGAAUAUGAAAGUAUCAUCUGUACUGUACAAAUAUAGGGAUGAAAUUGCAGUUGAUGCUUCUGUGUUUAAAUUGUUGGAAACCGUAUUAAAGAAAGAAUUUGAAAACAUUGAAGACAAAUUUGAUACAAGAAUAGAAGUCAAAGACCAUUCAUAUGACCAGAAGAUGCUUAUACUAUUUAGGCCUAAGAUCCAAACUUUUGAUAUGUCAUCACAUGCUACUGAAAGUUUCAUCAAUGCAUUUCAAAGUGCCUCUGCAAUGUUAAGAGAAAAAGUCAUCAGCCUGAAGCUUUCAGAAGAUCAGAAAAAAACUUUAAAUAUGCUACUCAGAGAAAAACAAUUGGAAGGUCUUCAUGUAAAACUUAAAAAGAAGGAAGACAAAUUAAUCUUAAGUGGUUUGCUAGACCAUCUUUAUGCUGCUGAAAAGCGCAUUAUGAACCUUCUUAACAUUGAAGACUCGACACAAACCAAAAAUAAGGCACCACUGGCCUCUGAUCUCAGCUCUCAAGAAGCUACAGGAGCACUUAAGAAAACACCAGACGUCAGGCAAAAGAAUAAUCUUACUCCUGAAGGACAGGCUAAGGCAAAGACAGAAGAAAAAGACAAUGAUGAGUGUCCAAUCUGCAUGGACAGAAUUAAGAAUAAAGAAACACUGAAAAAGUGUAAACAUGCAUUUUGCAAAAGUUGCAUCGACCAAGCCAUGACUAUUAAGCAAGUUUGUCCUGUUUGUAAUACCGUCUACGGAGUCAUGAAAGGAGACCAACCAGAGGGAACAAUGUCAGCUAGACACAUGUCGUUCUCUCUUCCUGGUUAUGAGAAUUGUGGCACUAUCGAAAUUAGCUAUAGUAUGAAAGGUGGUGUUCAAACUAGCAACCAUCCAAACCCAGGGCAACCUUAUCAGUCGACUUACCGGGCAGCAUAUUUACCUGACAAUGUGGAAGGGCGACAAAUUCUGGAGCUCCUCAGAAGGGCCUUUGACCAAAAACUGAUUUUCACAGUGGGGCAGUCACGUACUACUGGUGCACAAAAUGUUAUCACAUGGAAUGAUAUUCAUCACAAAACUGCCUUGACUGGAGGGCCUACCAAUUUUGGUUACCCUGAUCCUGGUUAUCUGGAGCGGGUUCGAUCAGAAUUGAAAGCAAAAGGAAUUGAAUAAAGAAAUGUAUCAACUGUCAACUCGUAGUGUAAUAACUGAACAUAUAACAGUCAAUUUACUAUUCAAGCACUAAGAGGAGAGAAAUUACUUUGUUCAAGUGUUGUACCUAAAUCACUUGUAUUUUACACUCAGGUAAGAAAAGUAAUCUUUUAUCAUCAAACAAUAUAUGUUCUUUUCACAAAUCAUUUACUUUUCUAUAUGUGUAGCCUUUACAGAAUCUAGGUUUUGUGAAUGUAGUAUCAGUACUUGUUGCAUCUGUUGAAUAUCAAAUAUAUCAAAUUGUUCAUAUUGCUUUACUGGUGAUUCUGAUCUCCACUUUUUCCCACUUCUUCAGUCUGACUGCCAAAACCAUUAGAUCCAGUACUGGCUUUUAUUAGAUAUAGUUAACUUCAGUAGAAACACUUAAUGUUAGCUUUGUGUUAUUAUGUCUGUCACUGUGAACAACAUCAUGCAACCCAUCGAAUAGAAAAUUUUCAUGCAGCUGCUACAGUGUCAGCUAUAAUCAGGCUAUGGACUUCUGCUUAUUUUCUUUUUCAUGGUAGAAAUGUCAUUAGUGGUUUGGGUUUUGCACAUGGAAUUACCGUGGCUCAUGUAUGAGUGGGUACAUGGAUACUGCUGUAUUCUUAGCUCUGUGAAGUGAUGAGUGCUCAGAGUCACCUUGAAGCAAAUGAAAAGUGUAUAUGGCCAUCUCUGAUAAUGGGCUCCUGGGUCUGUGUCCGCCUUUGUGCUUAAGCUUAAAUACAACUUCUAAAUCAGCUUUGCAACUGUACAACUGUAUUCUUCCCAUUGAUUCCAAUAUAGGUUUAAAUUGUAUCAUAAAGUUACUCUGCAGUGCCUAAACAACCUGCUUAUUACCUGUAUGGUGGUGUGUCACAAACACAGACAUCAUUUCAGUGAGUUGAACCAUUUUUGUAAGGCUACUAAGUACAGCUAAUAAAGAAAAUAUAAAAAU